ACCGGUGAACCAAAUAUUUCAUCGCAUCAGCAACGUGCGCACGUAGAAACCGAAACAGCUGCGCGGAUGAUUGCGGAAAUGAAGCGAGAAUUUCAGCGACAGAUGUUCGCCAUGCAGAACCUCAUCACAAAACAGCAAGAGCAAACGAAGGCUAGCGUCGCGGCGUUGCAGAAAGAGUUGCAAGACGUUACCAAGAAGCUGGCGGCUAUAUCUGCAGGCACGAGAGAUGCUACUCCAAAGUCCACUGCUGUUAAAACUAUACCGCCGGGGAUCGUCAACUCAUACCCCGUAACCACUCCUAUAUCAACUGCAAACACAGCAACGGGAGUUUCAGCUGAAGGUACCGUUACCUCAGACUACGCCACGAAUUUGAGAGUUGCCGUUACGACAUCUAUUGCGUUCGCUACUGGGGUAAAUAACUGUACUGGUGGGAUAGGUGUUCCAAGUCAACGUGGAACCGCCGACCCAUGUCUAGGCGACGUGUUUUCAUCAACAUCUUGCGCAGCAAUGGGCGCACAACAUCAUCUGGUAAACUCGACUUUGGUAAGUGAGCUUGUAUCGAAGUUGCCGAUGACACGUCGUAUGCAGUGGGCUGAAAAAUGUAUGGAAUUGGGUCGUGCACCUAGCAUAGUGGAUUUUGGGAAGUGGUUGACAUGCUUGCGUAGACUUGCAAAUAUGGUGACGGAUAGCCUACCGCCCCCACAAGUUUCUAUAAAUUCCCGUGCGCGUGGUAACGUGCCUGGAGUGAACAAGGACAAAUACUCGAUGUUUAGUCUUGCGCGCCGUAAAUGUAUUAUUUGCGAAGGCGAUUGUCAAUCGCUUGCUUCGUGUGAUAAGUUCAUUAAUCAGAAUAAACAGGGAUUGGGACAAGGGAUGUCACUGAAUGAUGCUCUUCUACCUGGACCAGGUAUAAAUCAACCUCUUAUUGAUGUGCUAUUCAAAUUCCGCAAAGCUCCGAUUGCGGUCACGGGAGAUAUUGCGGAAAUGUUCUUGCAAAUAGAAACUAGAGAGGUUGAUCAGGAUUGUCAGCGUUUUUUGUAG